AUGAAAAACGUUUUGAGACAAAUUGAACCUGACAUUAAGCUUGACAACGGUCUUGAGCAGAUUGACGCUUCCACCUUCAACAAGCCUUUCGAUGAAAUUAAGCGAAACAUCGAUGACCUGUGCACGACCAUCAGAGAGGUUGGAGGCAACGCCCGAGACAACCUUAGACUUUUGAAAGAUACUUACUUUAGUAAGAAGUCAAAUCUUAGAGGUAGUAUAUAUAAAAUCAAGCAAGAUCUCACCGAUCUGCAGAAGAGUUUGGAGACUGGUCUGAUUAAAACUACCACGGAUGUCUUGAACGGCAUGAUUCCAACUCGAGACGCCACCAUCACGUUGCUUGACAACCAAGUUCAACAGGAGGUUAAGAUUGCUAGGAACGCUCUAAACAUCCACGCGCAGAAGCAGUACAUUGAGUCACUGAAAGAGCUGCUGACGGCAUUCUCUCGAAAGGUCGAAAAGGAACUCGAACCUUUGCCGAGAGACAUUUCCCUCGACUUGACCCUUGGCUUCAAAGGUUUUAUGACGGCAUUUGAACGGGAUUUCAUUACUAACGAAAAGUCAAUUAGAGGUAUUAGAGACAUGAACCCUAAGUUCACACCUCAAAAGGAGUCCCUGCUAAGCCAGGCUGCUUCCAAAUUCUUCGGUAGCGUCAACAGAUUUCUGCAUGAUUUGCAUAAACAGCAGGACUUUACGACGGACUUUGAGAAAAUUCAGCCAACGCGUGAGGCGCUAGCUAAGUUGUUUGGAGAACUUGUCGAUUCACAACACUUCGAUCAUGUCUUUACCAAAAACCUCGAUGCCCUCAGUAAUGCCGUCACUGCCUUCAAGCCCGCUACCUACGGCGCAGCCAAGAGCCCCUUGCUCCUCAAUGCUUUAAAAGCAGGCUUCACCCCUCUCGUCGAGGAGCUCAAAAAGGCAUACGUAAGCAGUUACUCCGGGAGACAAUGGCAGGAGGCAGAACUGGGACACUACGCCAAAAUCGGCUUGACCAUCACGCCCAUCUUAUACGACGCUCUAACUGAACUCAAGAAUAGACUUGAAUAUGAGAAGUGGAAUGAUCACAAAAUCUAUCACCCAGCUGACAGCACCUCAAGCCUCCACGCUCUCUUCUUCCGCGACAACGGGUAUGACGUCCGUCGUCCUGAGAACGCUGAGCAUGGCGAGCUGAAUCACAAUCGUGACUUCAACGGUAGCUGCAUUCUCAAACACCUAACCAACAAAACGCAUAAUUUGUUCAGCCAACUGUCAUAUCCCGUCACCGACAUUCCUCGAUCGGCAUCCGGGUCGGACGAGCUGGGUGUAACCGUCGCAGAGGAGAGUGGUCUCAUCAAAAAACUCUAUGAUUUCCUACAGACGUACUUCAAAGUAUGCCACUUAAUAAUCCACCCGAAAACUAGACCACCGUGCUCCGUUUACGAAAUUCUCGUCUGGUGCUGCGGCCUGCAGUUCAACCACGUGUACGAGAAGCUCAAGGCGCACGUUGAAUCCGAGUUCAUGAAGGAGGACAAGCUAAAUCCAGGUACAAAGAAGCUGCAGCCCUUCGAAGCGCACCCAUAUCCAGUCAAAUACACUGACGUAGAAGAGCAGCUCUACAAAGUGUCUGCCCACUCCCACGCCGUCCUCACCGCUAUCCUAGGCCACGGUCACAGGGACGGAAUCUACGCGUGUGAGUUCUCCAACAACUCGCUAAAAUUCGAUUACCCAACCAGCAUGAUCCAACUGCUGUGUACGUUGUUCGACCUGCUCAAGCGCCUCUACCACCAGCUGUACUUCCUGCUGCAGCAGUGUCGGCACAAUGCUCAGCUCAGCGGCUGGAGGGACUGCCACUACGGCAGGUACAUCGGUGGGUCGGGCUGGCAGUGCAACACGAAGCAGUGCCCUAAGCAAGACUGCGACCAACGGCAUGACCAAAGUGGCAGUCAAAGGGGUGGCCAAUAUCCCAACUGCGGCGUCAAGUCGCCACUGCAGUCGUUCCUGGAGGACGGUCUGAAAGGCCACCUGCCGCAUUCGGUGUCAGCUAGGGGAUCCAGUCUGUCAUGUGGCACGUGUGGUAGUACACCUGGUAUGCCGUGCAGAACGCCAAUGGGCUUCGCUGACAUCGGUGCCACCGCGUCGCAUACGAUGAUGGGCCAGGAUAUGUGGGAGGUGCUUUACGAUUUCUGUGGCCGUCCUAACUCCCCUCUCACUAGACUGUGCGGUUACCUCAACUGCCUUUUGCCUAGUGCGCCGAAAACGCUGGCGGACAUGUUCAGCUUCUACUAUCAUCUCACCGAUCGCUGGGGUAUGAGUGGUAACGGACACAAGAGAGAGGCAUUUGAAGAGAAACUAAACGCUGCCAAUUUCGGGCGUCCUUAUGGUGAGUUAAAAGUCUACUACCUAUUUACCCCUAGUCACUCAGCAUUGAAGAAGGGCCACUCCGAUGGCAGCCUGGGCAGUCUCGUAUGCUUAUCAAGGGACUCCGUCGUAUGCGGUCCUUUUUUGCGUCCCAUCGGUCACGCCAUCUACGAGACGUUCUCGUCAAAACACGCCGAUAAAUAUUUGUCGUGGAUCGUAUACCUGACGGCAAGCUUUUACGAUCUGCUGAAGAAAUUGUAUGAUGAGUGCAAUUCUAAAUGCGGCUCCAGGGGCACCAAUUGUCACGAACGAGCGUGCGUCAAGGAGUGUAGAACUACAUCCACCAAGAAUAAACCGCCACGAUAUCACGAUGCCAAAUGCAAAUCCAUUGUAAAGUGCAAUGCUACGCUUCCGAUAUUGGCAAAAUACGGGUUCACGUUUGGGGUUAAAGACAAGCUCAACGGAGAUGAAAGCAUAGAUAAGAAACGCACGUGCAGAGAUUUCUGCAAUGUAUUCCAAGAGGCUUUUAACGAAAACUCACACCUAAUACAACUCAUAAAAGCCAUUGACGAAUUCAUAUUCACCAUCAGAGAGCCGUUUAUAUGGCUUAACGUCGCACUUUGGUCACUAUCCCUCUUCUACCUCAUCUGCGUAAUGGUUGGCAGACUGGAUGUGCUCCACAUACGCUCACACCUGAGAAUACCGUCGUCGCACAAGAUAACGGCGCAGUCAUUGUUGGCUGCAGCGCAAGUCGGAAGGCUUGCCAAGAUAUCGUAUCUACAACCGUAA